UCCUGGUUCCGGGGACAGUAUUGGGCUGUGCACAGGCGGACGGAAGUGGGGCGGAAGUUGAGCUGAGUCAGGUGACAGAGGAUUGUGAUGAUGGCGGCGUUCCGGGGCAAUGGGUUGGCGGUCUGUGCGGCGCUCCUCUUCCUGCUUCUGGUGACAGUCCGGUCCGAGGAUAAAGAUGACAAGGAGGGGAAGAAAAACGAAGACGUGCGAUGCAAAUGUAUCUGUCCCCCAUACAAGGACAAACCGGGGAAGAUCUACAACACCAACACCACCCAGAAAGACUGUGAUUGCCUCCAUGUGGUCACCCCCAUGCCGGUCCCCGGUGCGGACGUGGAGGCGUACUGCCUGCGCUGUGAGUGCAAAUAUGAAGAGCGGAGCUCCAUCACUAUUAAGGUGACGAUUAUCAUCUACCUGUCCAUCCUGGGCCUCCUCCUCCUCUACAUGGUGUACCUGACCAUGGUGGAGCCCAUGCUGAAGAGGCGUCUGUUCGGACAUUCUCAGCUCAUACAGAACGAUGACGAUGUCGGGCAGGACCACCAGCCCUUCGCCAACGCCCACGACGUCCUCGCGCGAUCCAGGAGCCGCGCCAACGUGUUAAACAAAGUGGAGUACGCCCAGCAGCGCUGGAAGCUGCAAGUCCAAGAACAGCGCAAGUCCGUGUUCGACCGCCAUGUUGUUCUGAGCUAAAGAAGACGCCACAUCCGCCGCCGUUCUGAUCUCCCCCCCCCCGGUUUCUCCUCCCCCGCGCGUUGUGUCCCUCCCACUCGAAGGGAGGGGGCGGGCGUUCCUAUGGACAUUUUCUGGACUCCAUCCUGCCAAAGCUCCCUGCGAUGGCGUUGUAUAUACGCGGAGUUCUCAUAGAAAGGGUUAAUAUAUUCUCGUCUCGCCGCGCCGCGGAUGUAAUUAUUGUACUUUGCGCUUGUUUUUGAUUUUUCGCUUUGUGAUGCCGACAUCUUUUGUGAAUUAAUUGGUCUCCCGCGGGUGAGCUGGCUUCAUGAAAACGAGGAAAUAAAAAGUUGCAAACCGUUUUCUGCUACAAGACUGGAAAGGACCGACGCGUUUCUGUAAUGCAUUCCUUUUGUACGAAACGCGUAAGGCUAGCUGUCUGAGGUUUUUUUUUUUUUGCUUCAUUGGCCCCCCUUCCUUGUUGUGACCCCGACAUCUUCAUUAAAGGACUUGGGGGUGCCACUUUGGGUUCGUAUCUGCUCGGCUGCCCAUUGGCUCUCUGACCGCCUCCCACAGGCUCCUCCCACGAUACAGCUUUUCCUGUUUCCUAAUUGCCCCCCCCCCCCCCAAUGGAUGAGCUGGUAAUUUCAUGAAACAAGGAAAGAAAGUUGGAAACGGGUUUCUGAUAUAUUGUAUUAUAAAACUGGAAAAGACCGAGACGCCGGGCUACGCGUUUCUGUAAUGUGUUGCUUUUGUAAGAAACGCGUAGCUGCUCUGAGUUUUAAUAAAUAAUGGGCUGUGGUACAUGA